UUGAUAUUUUCAGAGGUGUUUUUUUCCACACAUUGAAGCGAAAGUAUUUAUUCGAAGAAUGGAGAAGUCAAAAAAGUUCAAAUCCACGACCACGGUAAGUGUGUCUAUACCAGAAACAGACGAGACAGGUGAAAUACCCCAAAAUGAUGUCGAUAACGAAUCAGAUAUCCUGCAUCCUUGGGAUCAGCUACCACUUGUGGUCAUGUUGAAUGUAUUCGACUACCUCGAGUCAAGCGAUCUGUUAAGACUAGCGACUGUCUGUAAAACUUGGCGGGAUAUGAUACAGAACACGGCACACUUUUGGCGACAAAUGCACUUGAAGCUAAACUGCAACAGCGAAUCUUCGCACAGCGAAAUAUCGUGUUCAUAUGCCGAGAUGUUCGGAAGUUACCUCCGGAAAUUAUCGAUCUCAUGUCAUCAUGAACACAACACCGACAUUUGUAAAUGUAUGGACAAGGACUUGCUACAACUUCUUCUCAACCUAAAUCAACCGAAUCUAACGUCUUUAAAAAUCACUGAUCUUGAGCUUCAAGGUGUUCGAAAAUGCCACAAAACUAUUUGUGGGACUCUGACGCAAAUGCUGUCCAGUUUUAGCAGUCUUCAGUGUUUGGAGUUAUCAAACGUGAAGUUUCAAUACAACGAAGCCUUCGAAAUCCUCGACACCGUGAUCUCCGCGUCUGGAGAAAAUCUACAGUCACUGGUCAUCGACGGAUUAUUUCGUGUUUGCUUGCUGGACUACACAUCUAAUGAGGUUGACAGACUGACCAAUAAGAUUCUUUCCCUGAGUUGCUUGACCAAACUGGGGAUUGACUAUCUCCACCUGACUAAUGCGUUUGUGAUUGCGCUGUCCAGAUCACAUGCAGGGCAGCUGAAGAAAUUGAAAAUCGUGGCCCGAUCGUUUAUGCAUUAUGAUACUGAUGAUCAUUUCGAUUGCAUGGUUUCAACACUCGCCUGGUGUGCUUUGAAAGUUGCGUGUCCAUCAAUGAAGGUGGCGUUUGUUAUGGAUGGCACCACGUUAUCCAGGUUUGAUUCCAUCACGGAGAUCAUGGACCCAGUUCUGCCCAUCUACAAGAUCCGCUUGAUGCUCGGCAGCUACGAAAAUGAUAUCGCGACAGCGUUGAAUGAUAUCGCAGCUAGCUUUAGAAGGAGCCUGCUCAAGUUCGAGAUGGAGCUUUCUAGUACAAAUGACGAGAUUGAUGAAGCCUUUCUGGAUCUUGUUUUAGAUUGCAAGAAACUAACGCUCGUAACUGUCUCUGUCAACUUCUCCUACCCGGGAACCGAGAUGAUCGCCCACCAGGUGACGCAGCAGAGGAAGCGCUAUCAGGACCUGAUGGCGUCCCUUGAGAAGGCCCAACAACACGCGCAAGCAAACACGGUCAACGGUCCAGGUUCGGGUACCGCCGAUGCCACAGCUCCGAUGAACAAUUCAUAGAACAAGACCAGGAACUAGAAUGAUUCAACCGGCAAAAUAGACGUACCAUGGACAAAAUUAUUACAUUUUUAUUUACACGUUUUGUUACUAAUAAUCUUUACAUAUUUCCUAAAAAUCAUAUUCAUAUUUUUAAAAUAUAUAAAAUCAU